ACGCGAGGUAAGCUCUGUAUAGUCUCGACGUGCAACACACUUGCCUUGCUACUCGACCUACCUGAACGUGCCUACAACCCCGUACCGCGCGUAGACUCUCACCUCCAGGACACCACGUAGCUGUUCAUGUCGUCUGCCACUGAGCCCCUCGUCUUCUCCAACCUUCCUGCGGAGCUGCUGCGAGACGUAUUCGAGCAUGCAGCCGCCUUGGACCCAGCAACAGCGCGCACGCUGUCGCUGGUCUCGUCCGCCGUACGCCACUGGACGGAGCCCCUCCUCUACGAAACGGUGGUCCUAUCUUCGUCGCGCAGCCUGCGCUCCUUCCUCGCCGCGGUCUCUAGCAAACCCGCCGGAUUCGUGCGCACGCGCGUCAAGCAUCUCGGCAUCUUCGCGCUUGGACCGGUUCAGAGCAUCGACCGCGUCCUGAACGCAUGCGAGGGCGUCGAUAGCCUUGCAUGCGGCUUCAAUCUCCCCGGGUACAAGCAGGUCCAGGGCUGCGGGGCCUUGCAAGCUCUGCAGGGUUCGCGUGAGCAGCACCUGCUCGGGCUCUCCUGCCGUGACGGGUGGGAUACCACCGUCGUCGCGCCAUCCGUAACGCACCUACGCAUCCAUGUAACAUCGUUCAACUCUGGCGACACUUCGUCGCUCGCGAUCGCCCCCGGGAUGGGCAACCCGACCGAGUCUGGUUGGGAGCGGCUCACCAGUCUAUCAUCGCUCACCCACCUGGCUAUCGUCUACCGCCAUUCCCCGUGCACUCCUCCGAACGAAGUCUUCCCAACAUUGCAGCGAUUGUUGACUUUGCACGAGACCGCACCCGAAGGGACCAACCCUCCCCGGCUCGAGUUGGUUCUCGUGCAGGUGAUAGGCGGGUUAGUGGCCAGCUCUGCGGCAAACGAGGCCGUAGAGGCUCUCAGCGCUGCUGUCAUGAAGGCUGGAGGGCCUUCGUUGCGCAUCGUCGCCGAAUGCGCACCUACAUCCGUAGUCCGUCAAUGGGAGACUGCGGCUCGGGGCGGCCCGAGUAUAUGGGAAGGUGCCGAAGAAGUUGUGAAGGAGAGAUUGGCUAGUGCCGCUGCGGCGGCGGCGGCGAAGAAGAAGUAACUGCGGCCCUUGCGGUGCGCUGUUGUUACCUCGUAUGUACGCCACGACCCGUUGAACGUAGUUCAGGAGCAUGUUACUCAUCGCAAUACCCCAUGUUAGUCAUUGCAUUUCGGCCUC